AUGCUGAACAACCAUCCAAAAGUAAAGACUCCACCUUCCCAGUCCAAACCAUUGGGACCACCACCCCAGCCACCGUUCAUACCCACAGCUGCACCGGAGACCUUGCAUGGCGAAACUAAUUUACAUAGCAACAAUUAUAACUCACCUCCAUCAUCAUCAUCCGCCGCACAGUCACAAUUAUCACCAUCAUCAUCAUCUGCACAGUCACAAUCAUCUUCACCAUCCUUAGCUUCGGCACCAUCAUCAUUAUCCAUUAGUAAACACCCAUUGACACCGGCCCUAAUGGCCACACAACACCUUAACCCCAAUACACAGUUGCACAUGGCCCAUCACCAUUUGGGCCCACACAAUUUAACCAGUAAUUUACCUCCACAGAAAACCAUUAGUCUAUCGGAGUAUUUAAGGCCACCGUUUAAUGCACCGAUCUUUCAUCCAGUCAAACUACCAGGGCCAAGACCUUUUCCAGGGCCUUUAAAGAAAUUGCCAGGUUCUAAGCCGAUAUUGCCACAACAUUUGCCAAGACAUCCACCUGGCAGCCUUGGAGGAGGAGGAGGUGUUGGUUUGAUGAUGCAUGGUAAUGGUCCGAUACCUCAACCCUCGGUCAUUGUCAAUCAUUAUCGUAAACCGGUACCCACGCUGCUGAGACCAUUUUUCAAAGAAAAUCCCUUUCCCCUACAACCAUUGGCAGCCUCGGUAUUACUACUGGGCCAGCCCACAGAACUUACCAGUCAUCGCAAGACCGAUGGACAUCACAAGAAACCCAUUAUACCAGUACCAUAUGGCGACUUAACACCACAAGGAUCCUUACAAAAACCUCUCCUUACGAAAAUGCAUGGAGAGAAGAUCAAGCCUCAUCAAAAGAUUCCACAUCCCGUGGAAAAAGUGAAACCCUAUGAUAUACCCCUG